AUGUCUCUCGACCCAGUUACCAGCGGUGUAGGCCGCGGCCUACCCGUCAACAAAGUCACCGAAACAGCCACCGACACAGUCCAAUCAACCACCCAAAAGCCCAUCCAACAAGUCACAGAAACAACCAAACCCCUGACCGACCCGAUCAUGCCAGGCGAAUUCCCUUCCGAUGACGGACCCCGCAACGACACCGACCAACCUCCACCCGAGAUCAACUUCCGCGGCCUCUGGGCCGGAAUAACCCACUGGUUCGCAUCGAUGAUACCCCAAGCCUUUGACGGGUUCGAGUGGCUGAUAACCUGGCUCGUGAACCGGUACCUACCACCGCCAAAACAGGCGAUGAUGUACGAGGAGGCUCUGAAACGGCCUAUUGCGUCCACGUUUCUGGUGUGUCAGGCGAUAUGCUGUGGUGUGCCGCUGUUAGUGUUUUUGGUUGGGGUGGUUAUCUUUGCGAUUAUUGCGGUGUUGUUGUGGGCUGUUCUGGCGUUGUUGAUUCUUGGGCCGAUUUUGAUUGUUGCGAGUAUGAUGGGGGUUUCGCUUUGGGGGUGGGGAUGGGUUUUGUAUGGAUUGCUUAAGUGGGUGGAUCGGAGGUUUUUGGGUGGGAUGAUUGCGCGCUUUUGGUUGCCGAAGACGCAGGGGACAGAGAAGGAGAAGGAGGAGAAGGAGAAGAAUGGCGGGGAGAAAGGGCAGGGUGAGAUGGAGACGGAGACGGAGGUGGAUGGGAAGAAGGAUAAUUGA